UGGCGUUUAGAGCUCGUGUCGUGUCACGUUACCUGGCAGACGGAAGAUUCAGCCAUUUCGAGCAAGUGCUCUUCGCUUCACCUCUGUCUUUUACAAGAUAAUCAAUUUAAAAUACAAAUCUCACGGAAAUCUGCGUACACAUUCAAUUCAGUUCGUCGCUCAUCGGUGUGGUUUUUAAUAACUGUCGCUAUUUGUCAUUGUGGGUGCGGCUCUGAUAGGGCAAAACGGAUUUAUACGGAUAUUUAUAACUACAAUUUUUACGUUUUUCACCUGUUUUCUUCAUCUACGCAAUCAACAUGAUACGUCCAUAUCUGCUCGUCUUACUACUCGUGCACGAUGUGUUUGGUUGUGUUACAGAUGAAGUUAUGACACCAGAUGUGAUGGAGGGCGAGUCUGUUACUCUUGACUCUUGUUUUCCCAAAAUACAGACCGAAGAUGAGUGGGAGUGGAAGUUUGGUGACCCUGACGGUGCUACUAUAGUUAAAAAUGGUUUAAUAUAUGACACCGUUGAUGGCCUAUUCAAUAACCGACUGCAGCUGAACAGUCAGACCGGAGAUCUCACCAUUAGAAACACCAGAAUCAAACACUCUGGAGUUUAUGAUCUAAAGAUCUUCAACAGCACACACACACGUGAACACAAGAAAUUCAAUCUUACUGUCCUCGAUCCGAUUCCUCCGAAAGUGUUUGCGGUGGAGGGAGAAUCUGUUAUUGUGACUCAUGACGUCGCUUGCGUACAGAAAUACAAUUUGAUCAGGUGGAUGUAUGAAACAACUCUCAUCGCUAAAAUCAAAAGAGAUCCGAACUCCAACCAAACGUGUUGUAAAGAUCCGUUAGAGAGAAAAUUCAUGGGCAGACUAAAGUUAGAUGAUCAGACUGGAUAUCUCACCAUCACAAACCUCACAAUCGCAGACGCUGGACUUUAUAAACUACAGUUGAUAAACAAUGUUCCCAAAUACAGGACGUAUCGUCUUAUAGUUAGUGGGUCGGGACUGUCAUCAGGUAAUAAAGUACUGAUCGGUGUCCUCCUGUUCGUGGUGUUGGCGGCAAUAAUCAGUGAGAUUAUAUUUUAUUGCAAAUGUAAACAAUUGAAAUGCCACAGUGGUCCUUAA